AUGUCGAGCCUUACUCUCUACGAAUAUUACCGGUCGUCUUGUUCAGCCAGGCUUCGUAUAGCUCUGGAUCUCAAAGCUAUCGAGUACAAGGCAAUCUACGUCGACCUCAACAAGGCCGAGCAUCUAAAGCACGAUUAUGGCUUGAAGAAUCCAUCGCGCUCUGUACCAACUCUGAUGGUGGACGAGACAUGGGGAAUACCACAAUCGAUGGCGGCGUUGGAGUACCUCGAGGAAGCAUAUCCGCAAUCAAACCCUCUACUCCCGACAGACGCCAAGUCAAGAGCCAAUGUCCGCACACUGGCAGAGAUCAUCGCUAUCGAUACGCAACCACUGACAAACGAUACGCCUAUGAAACGUGCAGAAGAGUCCGGGGCUGACUCAAAGCAAUGGGCGCAAGCGUUCACCAACAGAGGACUGGAAGCCUUCGAAAAAGUUGCCAGCAAAACAGCAGGAAGAUACAGUUGCGGAGAUGAUGUUACCCUCGCUGACGUGUGUCUGGUGCCUGCGCUGUGGAACGCCGAGAAGUUUGAGGUUUCACUCGAGCCUUAUCCUACCAUCUGUAGAGUUUAUGCUGAGCUGAAGGAGCAUGCGUCUUUCAUCAGGUCGCAUUGGCAACAGCAGCCUGAUUGUCCAGCGGAGCUCCGGUGA